AUGGCCUCGAUGACCAAACGCCUGGGCGUCAUCGCCCUUAUCGGACUCUUCGCGAGCCUCGUCGGUGCUCAGGUCAUCAUCGACGCCAAUGGCGGCAACGCCGAACCCGACUUUGACACACCGGAAUACAUUUUGCCAUGCACCAGAAACGAUCCUGCGAUAGAUUCGUGCAUUCAAAAGGCUUUCAACCACUUGAAGCCAUAUCUUGUGAAAGGAAUUCAAGACCUCGAUCUGCCCCCUAUCGAUCCACUGACAAUCCCCGAAUUGGGAAUGGAAAAUGGCCAAGGCGCUGUCAGGGUGCGCGCCAUCUUUUCCAACAUAACAGCAUUCGGCCCGGGCAACUACUCCAUUAACAGAGUACGAACGGACCUGAAGAACCUGAGGCUAGACCUCUACAUGUCCAUACCGAAGAUCGAGCUCCAAGGUCGCUACGAGGUGGCCGGCAACGUUCUCCUCUUUCCCAUACAAAGUCAAGGAGACUUCUGGGCAUUCUUUGGUGACGUCACCGCGGUCGCCCGCGUCCAGGGCGCCGAGGAGAAACGCGCGGGCGUGCGCUACAUGAACAUCAGUCGACUACUCAUCGACUUCAACCUCGGGCGCGCCCGCUUCCGCAUAGUCGAUCAAAUCAACGGCAACAACAUCAUCGGUCAGGCCAUGAAUCAGUUCCUCAACCAGAACGCCAAGGAGAUCAUCGAGGAGAUGCGACCCGCCGCCAGUACGAGCAUCGCCAAGCAUUUCAUGUCCUUCCUCAACGGGGCCUUCACGAAGAUCCCCAUGAAAAUCUGGCUGCGCGACGCGUAGAGCGACUCGCUCAUUGUGAUUCCUCGAUCGAUCGCUCGAUCUCGCGGCUUAUCCUUAUGUAUUAGCGCCCCGGCGCAAC